UACAGCAGGCUUCUCUACAACAGAUGGGAGGUUCUCGGGCUUCUUUACAGCAGGCCUCCUUACAACAGAUGAUUAUAUGGAAGGUUUUCGAGCUUCUUUACAGCAGGCCUCCUUAGAACAGACGAUGACGCAAGAUUCUCAGAGUUUCUCACAGCAGACAUGUUUCCAAGCAAUAAUGAAAGAACUGAAAGAUAUAAAGGAGUUACUGGGGAAAGUAGUAGAAAGGAAAGGAAGUGAUCAAAACGAAGGAGUACAAGACGUUGUUGGCAGUGAAGAGUUUGUUGGGGACCGAUUGUUUGAAAUCAAAGUGCCAAAAAUCAGCAUUAUAAAGGCAGAACAUAGUGCAAAGAAUUCCCAGGCUCUUGCUCGCAAUUUGUUAGACUGUCUGCUGACAAAGAGGGAACAAGCUGACAGAACCUGCUAUGGUAGUGCGACAAAAAACCGAAUUCAACCAAACAUUUUGAGAGCUAUAAGAAGUCAUUGUUUUGCUAAAUAUCCAUCAAGCAACGAGAAAGCUGAAUGGAUUAGAAUAGUAAAGGCACUAACUGACAAACGCCAUGAUCAGAGUCGUCGGUUUCAAAUAACUCAGAAGUGA